CUGCACUAUGGGACCCUCCUGGGCAGCAGAGCUUGUGCCCACAUGGCAGCAGCUGCCUGGGCCAGUGCCUUUCUCAAUGCUCUCAUGCACACAGCCAAUACAUUUUCCCUACCCCUGUGCCAUGGCAAUGCCGUGGGCCAGUUCUUCUGUGAAAUCCCCCAGAUCCUCAAGCUCUCCUGCUCCAAAUCCUACCUCAGGGAACUUGAGAUCAUUGCAGUUAGUGUCUGUUUGGUAUUUGGCUGUUUUGUGUUUAUUGUUGUUACCUAUGUACAGAUUUUCAGGGCUGUGCUGAGGAUCCCCUCUGAGCAGGGAAGACACAAAGCCUUUUCCACCUGCCUCCCUCACUUGGCUGUGGUUUCCUUGUUUGUCAGCACUUCAGCAUUUGCUUACCUGAAGCCCCCCUCCAUGUCCUCCCCAUCCCUGGAUCUGGCCCUGUCAGUUCUGUACUCGGUGGUGCCUCCACCCAGCACGGCCCCUAGCUUCCGGAAAACCCUGCUGCCAACACCGUCCUGA